AUGGCUGACAGACGCAAGCAGCAAAAUUAUACUGCUAUAGCCUCCUACUUGCCUGCGUCGAUGUGGAACGGCUUCGAAGCCCUGCCUCGGGAAAGAUGCCAGUCCAUGCUCUUGCAGCAUGCUUGGCUUCUGGGCCUUCGAUGCCCAAGUGAACCGACCUUCGCCAUGCUGCAAAACCUACUUCUCCUGGGUGUGAAAGCGGAACGUCGCCAGAUGACUACCUUUCAGCGCUAUGAGGACUUGCAGGAGCUCAAGAAAUGCUGGAGGCGGUUUAAGAUGGCCAAGGGGAAGGAUGCUGACACGUGCUACUUGGAAUACUUAGAGUGCCUCCCUUGCAAUGUUCCUGAUCUUCCAGCUGAGUAUCACUGCAGCGCGUUCGCAUCGGAGGAGCCAGAGCCCUGUCGCUUGCCGGUGGACAACCUUCUGAUGGCCGUGGGUUCCAGCAAGUUGAGAUUGUCCAAGGAACAUGCGCAGGGGAAUCAAGCAGAGCCCACGCAGCUGACGGAGCACAUGAAGCUCAUGGAGAUGUGCUUCAAAAUGGGACAGAGUGCCGCUUCCACUCCCGCUUCCUCGGCCCCACCCUCUGCACCAUCGAGUCGACCCAGCCAACCUGAGUUUAAGCAGCCGCUUGCACUUGAGGAUGCGCCCAGACCUCUCCCUGCAGCUGCACCUGAGAAGCCUGAGGACUUCUUCUAA